AAAAAGUAAGUCAGUGUUGUGUUUUACUAUAUUUACAUUUUACGUUAGACUGCGGAGAGAAAGAUUUUCAUCGAUUUUAUGGUCACAAGAUCUUGAAAAUGCAUAUAAAACAGGUAAUUAUUCAAGGCUUUAAAAGCUACCGGGAGCAAAUAGUUGUGGAACCAUUUGAUAAACGUCAUAAUGUUGUUGUUGGACGAAAUGGAUCUGGGAAAAGUAACUUCUUUCACGCUAUCCAGUUUGUGUUAAGUGAUGAAUUCUCACAUCUACGUCCAGAACAGAGGCUGGGUCUGCUUCACGAGGGUACUGGACCCAGAGUUAUAUCCGCCUUUGUUGAGAUUAUAUUUGACAAUUCAGAUAACAGAAUACCAAUUGAGAAGGAUGAAAUUUUCUUGAGACGAGUUAUAGGAUCCAAAAAGGAUCAAUUUUUCUUGAACAAAAAGGUUGUACCACGCUCGGAGGUAUUGAACCUACUGGAAAGCGCAGGAUUAUCAAAUUCAAAUCCAUAUUAUAUUGUUAAACAAGGAAAGAUCAAUCAAAUGGCAAUUGCUCCAGACUCUCACAGACUUAAACUAUUGAGAGAAGUUGCUGGUACAAGAGUUUAUGAUGAAAGACGGGAAGAGUCUGUGACUAUUCUAAAGGAAACUGUUGGAAGGGUUGAGAAAAUAAAUGAAUACCUGCAAACAAUUGAAGAAAGACUAAAGACCCUGGAAGAAGAAAAAGAGGAGUUGAAAGAAUACCAAAAAUGGGAUAAAGCUCGACGUGUUUUGGAGUUCAUUGUACAUGACACAGAACAUCGGGAGAAUAAGAGAAAACUGGAAGAAUUGCAAAAGGUUCGUGCAAACAGUGGUAAGGAACAACAGCAGUAUGCAGACCUUGUAAGGGAUGCCCAGGAACACGUGCGGGAGUCUAACAAGAAAUUGAAGGAUGCGAGGAAAGAUGUGGCGGCAGCCAGGGAAGAAAAGGACAUAUUGACAACAGAGCUUCAGCAACUGUUGAGGGAGAAAACUAAACUGGAGAUGGGUAUCAAAGAUCUCACGGACGAUGUUGAUGGUGACAACAAAUCUAAGGAAAGAGCUGAGGCCGAAUUAGAGCGGUUAAGACAACAAAUAUCAGAAAAAGAGAGAGAACUAGAAGAGUUGAAGCCAAAAUACGAAGAAAUGAGAGCAAGAGAGGAGGAAUGCACUCGAGCCCUGGCAUUAAACCAGCAAAAGCGACAGGAGCUGUAUGCUAAGCAAGGCCGUGGCACACAGUUCAGAUCCAAGCAGGACAGGGACAAGUGGAUUGAGAAGGAACUUAAAUCGUUGAGCAAACAGAUAAAAGACAAAAAGGACCACGAGAUUAAGCUUCGCGAUGACUUGCGGCGUGAUGCUUCCAAACUGACAGAGUUGGAGAAGCGAAUAGAGGAGCUCACAAAGGAGAUGGAACGGCAGAGAGUGGCCAUCGACGAGCACAACAAGCAGUACUACGAGUGCAAGAAGAGGAAGGAUCAGGAGCAGUGCACCAGAAAUGAGCUGUGGCGUAAGGAGACUACUCUUACACAAAACCUGUCUUCGCUCAAAGAAGAUCUAGCAAAGGCUGAUCAAGCACUACGAUCUAUGGCAGGAAAGCCCAUUCUGAACGGUCGGGACAGUGUCCGCAAGGUGUUGGAAACAUUCCAAGAGCGCGGAGGAGAGUGGGCCAAUAUCGCCACGCAGUACUACGGGCCCGUCAUAGAGAACUUUACGUGCGACAAGACUAUAUACACUGCAGUCGAGGUGACGGCAGGCAACAGAUUGUUCCACCACAUUGUGGAGUCAGACACUGUUGGCACGAAGAUUCUGAAGGAGAUGAACCGACAGACUCUCCCUGGGGAAGUCACCUUCAUGCCGCUUAACAGGCUGCAAGUACGGGACAUGAGCUACCCGAAUGACAAUAAUGCCAUUGCUAUGGUUCACAAGCUGAAAUACGAUCCUAAGUACGCCAAGGCGAUGAAGUACAUCUUCGGCAGGACUCUGAUAUGCCGGAACUUAGAGUGCGCUACCGAGCUGGGAAAGCAGUACCAUCUAGAUUGCGUGACGUUGGAGGGCGACCAGGUUUCGUCCAAAGGUUCUCUAACUGGUGGUUACUUCAACCAAUCGCGGUCUCGCCUGGAGAUGCAGAAGACUAGGUCGGAGCUGAUGGAGCAAAUUACCACGCUGGAGGAGGAGCUCAACCAACUACGAGAAGAGCUGAACAAGACUGAGACCAACAUCAACUCUAUUGUCUCUGAUAUGCAGAGAACUGAAACAAAGCAGGGUAAAGCCAAGGACAUCUUCGACAAGGUGAAGGCAGACAUUCGUCUGAUGAAGGAAGAGUUAUCUUCUAUAGAACGUUUCCGCGGCCCCAAGGAGCGCUCGCUGGCGCAGUGUCACUCCAGUCUGGAAGCUAUGCAAGCUACGAAGGAGGGACUCGAAUCUGAACUACAUCAGGAGCUGAUGGAGCAACUGUCGACAGCGGACCAAGGGAAAGUCGAUGAGCUGAACGACGCUAUACGGCGCCUCACGCAGGAGAACAAGGAGGCCUUCAGCCAGAGAAUGAACCUCGAGGCCAAUAAGAAUAAGCUGGAGAACUUGCUCACCAACAACUUGAUACGCCGUAAAGAAGAACUGGUCCAAGCACUACAAGAGAUCUCGGUGGAGGAUCGCAAGCGUCGGCUACAAAACAGCAAGUCGGACUUGAACGCGUCGGAGAAGCGCAUCAAACAGAUCAACAAGGAGCUAGAGGAGGUCGAGAAGAAGGUGGUGGCGGCCGUCAAGAACGAGAAGGCACUCAAGAUAGAGCUGGACAAGUGGAGAAACAAGGAAAAAGAAGCGCACGAUAAAAUGGCAGAAGACACAAAAGACCUCGAGAAGUUGGCUUCCAAGGAAGUGUUUCUUCAGGAGAAAAUUCAAGAGUCCCUGGAUAAGAUAGCUGCACUGGGCACACUCCCCAACGCGCCCGAUUUGCACACCAAAUAUGAGAAAAUGUCGCUCAAGCAGUUAUUUAAAGAAUUGGAGAAAGCCAAUCAACACCUGAAGAAAUAUAACCACGUCAACAAGAAAGCCCUGGAUCAGUUUAUCAGCUUCUCCGAGCAGAAGGAGAAGUUGUACAAGAGAAAAGAGGAGUUGGAUAUUGGCGGCGAGAAAAUUCGGGAGCUGAUAGAGACGCUCGAGCACCGCAAGCUGGAGGCCAUCCAGUUCACGUUCAAACAAGUCAGCAAGAACUUCACGGAGGUGUUCAAGAAGCUGGUGCCGCAGGGCCGCGGAUCGCUCAUCAUGCGUGUGGCCGAUGAACUGGAUGUCAACCCCGACCGAGCGAACGCGGAGCAGUUCUGCGGCGUCGGCAUUCGGGUGUCUUUCACGGGCGGCGACGGAGACAUGCGCGAGAUGAACCAGCUCUCCGGCGGGCAGAAGUCGUUGGUUGCGCUCGCGCUUAUCUUCGCGAUCCAGAAAUGCGACCCCGCACCCUUCUACCUGUUCGACGAGAUCGAUCAGGCACUGGACGCGCAGCAUCGCAAGGCGAUCGCGAAUAUGAUCCACGAACUGUCGAGCAGCGCCCAGUUCAUCACGACCACGUUCCGGCCCGAGCUGCUGGAGCACGCGCACAAGUUCUACGGCGUCAAGUUCCGCAACAAGGUGUCACACGUCGAGUGUGUCUCGCUGGCGGAGGCGCGAGACUUCGUCGAGGACAGCGCCACACACGCAUAAUGCGACUUUGAUUUACAGUCAUGAUUUACUUACGGCCGUUCCCAAUAUACUAUCUACAAACCGAGAUAAAUUACUACCUUCUACUCUCAGUAAUUAGCUGUCAAUAUACUGAAGCUGUCCCAAAAUAUCCGAUAAGUCAUGCUUAUCGCCAUAUAUUGGGACGCGAAAAUUGCAAUUUCCAUACAAACUUCUAUCGCUGGUAAGCUAUUCCGUAUAUGUCAUCCCAUUGACAGACAGCGUGUACGGAUAAGGUGAGUUACCGUCGAUAAGUUUAUUGGGACAGAAAAUUACUAUUUUUAUCUCAAGUAGGCCGCAACCAGAGAUAGACUGAAUAUUGGGAACGACCGUUAGAUAAUUUAUACGUCUAGAUAGUCUCUUGCUGUUAAACAACCGAUAGAAUCAGGCCAGAAAUAUCAGUUUAGUGUGCGUGAAUUUCUCAAAAUAUAAACUGGUUUUAAAGUCUACUGUUUUCGACGUUUUAACAGCUGUCAUAGUCUAUCUAGACGUAUAAAUGAUCUAAGCUUGUAGUGAAAUCACUGACCUCUACUAUUUACCACUGGACUAGCGACUGUCAAAGUGCUUUUGUGCCUGUUUGAUAUUUUUGCCGCUGUUGGCCAUGUAGCGAGAGUCUGCGGUACUAAAACUAGUGAUGACAAACAAUCUCAGCAAACAUCGAUAAAUGGUGGAAAAUUAGUUACAAAAAAAAAAUUGUGUACUUUAUGACGUUGAUUCCUGAUAUAUAAAUAAUACGGAAAACGUCCGGAAUUACUUCCAAAUGCAAAAAUACUUCAGAAUAUUGUACGCUUCUCUCGCAGCCAUUUAUAUUAUACGUCAAAAGUAAAUACGGCACUUCAAAUAGGCACAAAAUUGCUGUCAAACAUAUAGAACAGCCUGUCCAGUCGUAUGCAUAUAGGUCAUUGCUGCUAGCCCAUCAAAUGUUCAAUAUGGCCGUGCGGCGUCAAUCUCGCUUUAAACAUCCUAGACGCACGGCGUGUUUAACAUCACAUGGAUUGUAUGUAAUAAUAACACAUAUAUCGUGUUUCUCGUAGUGUUAAACAUAUAACUUUUCAUAUUUUCCUUUCUAUAGGCUCGAGGAGAUUAAUAUGUCUAGUAUAAGUAUAUUAUUUCAGUUUUUUUGUUUCGCUUAUAAACAUCUGCUGCCUUUAAUAAGCUUGAUAUUUCUUUGUGUCCGCUAUUUUAUUAUGAGGUGUAAUGUGGAACUUGGAUAAAAUAUUACUGGUUUAACAGAAUUCCAAUAAGGUAAAUGAUGACCGAGACUGCUUCGUUUUGUAUCACUUGAGGUAGCUCAAUCUCUUGUGAAAAAAUUGUUUUUUACAGUUUGUUCUAUUCGUUAUUUAAUUAAAUUGUUUUUAUGCAUGGAUUAAUUGGAUGAUUACCUAAAUACAUUUGCAACUCAAAUAAUGUUAAACUGUAUUUCUUAUUAGCACUGGAAAUCUGACUUGCAUUUAGUGUGAAGUGCUUUGAUAUUUAUUUACUUUUUUGAUAUUUAGUUUUGAUGAUAUCUAAUUGCAGAUAGACGUAACGUUUAAUAUUAAGAAGAAUUUUUUAGAUAUCUUUUAGAAUAAGUUUUUAUUUUAUAAAUUUCAUAUUAAAUAUAACAAAAUUUGUUCAUUAUUUAAAAAUUAUUAGUUAUAAUAACGUUCUAUGAUGAUUAUUUUCUAUUAAGUGUAAGGUGCUUGUGUCUUCGAACGAUGUUCGUCUUGUCUAAUGAUUGGACAAUGAAGAUCGUAAAUCUCGAGAUGAGUUAAAAUUCAGAAGGCAAUUUUAUAUUUUGUUGUUUUUUAAAGUUUAAGAGAACUUAUUUUAAAUUAAUACAAAAAUGUCUUCAUACCAAAAUGGCUGUUUAUUUAACCAGCUCUGGCUGAAUGGAUGUAGAUACAUCAUUUGAGUGAAUCCGAUGACUUACUUUCAUAUAAGAUAUAUAUUUGUUAUUUCCUUCCAGAAUACACGUUCUAACAUCAAUUCUGUUUGAUAGUGAAAUAAAUAUAAUUUAUAGCACAGGUUGAAAUGGUUCAAUAUUGAGAAUUAUUUACAUUUCAAUUUAAAAGAUUAGUCAAUUGUGCACACAGUUCUAGAUUAUUUUAUUUUGAACCUAAUACUGGUAGUCCCUCAUUUAAUUUCCCUUACUUGUGUAAUCAUCUGUGACAUAUCGUUAAUCAAUGUUACAUACGAGUAUUGUAAAACAAAGUCUUUCACCGCGUCAGUCAGUUUGCGAUAAAUUAAUAAAACUGCUGCAUCGAUUUUCAUGCUGUUUUAACUUUUUUUUCACUUUUUUUUAAGUAUAUUUUUAAGUUUUUGCACGUAAAGGAUUACAGGUUAUUUUUUAUACAUUAAGGAUAUUUAUCGGAGGUGGUGGGAAAAAAAGCCGUCUGGGAGCUUUCCACGAAAACGCUGUUAAACCCAUUGAGAUAUAACAAUAUAAUGUACCUAUGAUAGAAUUGUGUAUCUCAUAUAAGUAUUGACAGAUCAACGUCUGUUGGGUCAGCUAGUUGAUAACUGAUUUAGAAUUAGCUUGUAAUAUAAGUUUGUUGUUUACAAUUUUUCAAAAUAAAAACAAAUAGCCUAUGUAAUUGUGAAUCAAAAUUCUAGGAAUUUCUAGAUAUAAACUGUUUUAUGUUGGCCUUAAAAAUAGUUUUUCAUUUAAGACUGCUAUUCCUUGCCUAUCCGUGACAUUUUGUUAAUAAUUAUUAUAGGUUAAGGAUUGUUUGGUUGAUUGGGCUGGAUGUCCCAGGGGAAUGCCCAUUUUAGGCUAUCAAACGCCCAGUUUUAUUAAAAAAAAAACUGCAUGUUUUUCUCUUAUUAAAAUAUUAAUAUAUGCAGUGCUGCCAAUUACUAAUGACGAAGUGAUUCACUUGAUUUAAUCGAUUUUGAACCUAUGAAUAAUAAUCUAUCUAUUUGUUACAAUAUGAUAUGGUAUUAUUGUUGUCAUCAAACAAGUUUUAUAUACCAUUAUUAUGUGAAUAGCUUUUGUUUUAUAACAAUUGGGCGUGUUUACCUACAGCCAUAAUAUACCUAUUCAUUGGAAGUAGUUGCAAUUAUAUUGUUGCACUAUGCAAUUGUUAGUUAUACAGGCACACGUAACAUGCAGUUUUACUAAUAACAGUAUUAAAAAAGAAUUAAAUAGAUUAAUUGAAUAUGCAAUUUCGAAAAGGGCACGUAUCUGUAAAUUUGGAAUGUUCAGGACUUAAAAAAAACUAAAUAUUUUCCAAACCAUUGUAUUAUAUCUAAAAGUAGCUAUUGAGUAACAUUUUGGUAUUAAUUUGCUUUCAAAAAUGAUUCAAAUGAUUUAUUUUAAUAUUGAUUUAAAUGUGUUAUUAGAUAUUUAAUAUUUGUGAGAUGUGCCCUUUUCGAAAUUAAGACUAAUUGUGUACAAUAAAUGAAACAAAAAAAUCAUAAGAAACUUGUGUAACUUUUAUUUUAAGCAUCAUAAAUAUCGACUUUAAUUAUUAAAGUUGAUAUUUAUUUAUUCGAUAUCUUUAUCUAUUAUUUGGGAACAUCUAUGUCAUCGUAAAAUGUCAACAUACAAAUCAACUUCCGUUUGUAUUUGAGUGUGCGUUUUCAAUUUGAUUUUCUCUGUUAUUGCUUUUUAACCCAAAUAUUUAUUUUGUUAUUGUUUUGGCCUAUCGCAGAUGACACACUUUUUGUGCUAUCGAGUCUUAAUUGAGCGCAAAAUAUCUUUGGAAGAUAUUUUGCGCAAGAAGACUCAACGCACACGACGUAUACCUUCGGUCAUUUUGUCGGCAAGGCUAUAGGGAUGUACGCAAUGGAAGUACAGAGUACUAGAGAUAUUAAAAAAGAAGAAGAAACAGAGAAUUAUGGGUUCAUCCUAUUCUUUCAGAAAGAUUAUUAAAGGGAUAGUUUCAUAUUAAACAUUCAGUUUUAAAACUAUAUCCAAAUAAAUUAGCACGCUUCAUCCCACAAUUUUAAUUUUAUAUUUCUCACCCUCAUGAUACUCUGCCAAAGAUCAUACAGUGCUGGUCUGUCAUCUGCGAUAGGUCUUUGCAGUCCUUAGAUUCAAUUCCUGGACGAUCUGCUUAUAAUGAAUGAUCCCCAAAAUAAUGCGUAGGAUAAGGAAAACGUAUUUGAAUUUCGAUAAAAAGUAGUGAUGUUAUGAAAACUAAAAGCGUUUUUCUUAAAAACCCAUUCUUUUUGUAAUCCAUAUUGUAAUCCAAAUAUACUUUUCUGUGUGUGUGCAAUCGUAGCCGAAGUUUGUAUACCCCUGGUGUGUUGUUUUACUACAUUGACAAACAUUUAAAUUUAGUGAUAUAAUAACGUAUUUAAGUUGGGAAGUAUGAAUAUUUAUGAAUAUCCAUGUUUAAUUGUAUUGACAUGUUAGUAGACAGUAAACAUUCAAAAUUA